CACCAAUUUUCAAGCUCGACAUUCUAUCCAGAUAUGCGAGUCGCUGAAUCAGAAGAUGUGAUUCUACAGCCUUUGUCAGUCUCAAUAUGGUUUUCAGGUGCAGUACCUCGUCACAUCGCUCGUUCGAAUAUUCCCAUUGAAAUCACCGUGGCUCUGAAGGACGAAUUUAAAUCAUUCACGGUACCGGUAAUCGAGAUAGCGUCUCAAAAGCCUCAUCUCUUGAAUAAUACUUUGGCAAUGCAACUGACCUUAAUGCAUUCGAAGUUCAUAAACUUCCGUCAAUCUCCCUCUGUGCCUGAUGAUGACAUGUCGUUUUCCUUCCUCCCACUGCCACCGACAUUCGAUCAUGCCGAUUCGGACCACUGGGCAGAACUCUUGGGCAACAUUCAAACAUGGCUCGUGAAAUCUGCGGAUCCGACAAUGCCUGAAUGGACUUGGGGUCGGGAAGCAUUCUGGUAUGCAUUCAUCGCUACCCAUCCUGACUUCCCAAGCGGGAAGUGGUCUUUCUGGGAUCCCAGCAUUCCCCUCGAGGGCCAAUUUAUUGAGGAGUGGGUG